GCAAGUGUGGUGUUUCAUCUUAGUACUGAGGUAGGCGUCCACCGGUGAACUAGUGUCCAGUCAGCUCUGGGUUAUAAGUCGUCGAUACCAUUUGGUAAUCUCAGUCAAGAGUCAACAUGCUGAACUGGUUGGUGUUCUGUGCUGUGGUGUUGUUUGUGAGGGGCCAGGAACCCGAUGGGGAGGCGGCAGGCUGCUGUACCCCGGACCAGUGGGAAGGCUACAUCGGGGAACUCACUGGAGUCGCUCCAAGGUUUCGUAGGGCCCGGGUAUUUGCUAGUGGAAUUGAGAUUUCCUAUGACUACAACAACAAGAAAGUGGCAGAGACUGUUCACUUCCGUUUCAUGAACAAAAGUGUCAGUGUUGGCCUGAUAUUCGACUUUGGAAAGCAAAAGAUGUACAGAUUCCUUGAAUCCAGGCAAAAAUGCAAAACCAGGAACCUCAAGGCCACCUUCAGACGGUUUUGUAUUCCAGGGACAGCCCAGAAGUUAGGAAGCUUUUAUUUCGGAGCUGGAAGGAACAAACUGCAGGUGACUAGCUACAGAAUGGCCAUCCCUAAGAUGAGAUGUGAGGUGUUCGCAGAUGUCACCUCGUCUGGAUGCAUCCCUGUUGGCGAAACUGUGAUCGGUGCAGCAGGACUUUUCAAAAAGUACAUGAUGGAAGUGGGUUUCGCUAACAUUACACCGGGUAUCAAGGACCCCUCCGUGUUCAACCCGCCAGAUUUCUGCCAGUCCGACUACAAGGCCUACGAAGACUCGCACGAUGAGGAAAUUGACGAGUACAUUGUGCAGUACAUUCACCAGAGAUUUAUGGAGUGACCAUAAUAUUCUCAGAGUAAACAAUGUAGAAGAUCUGAGUUAUGAAUUAAUACAGAUAUCUAAUGAUAUGUCCGGUCUUAUAUACAACUUUUUUCUUUUCAGAGACUAAUUUUUUUAUUGAAUAUAUGGUCACAUUCUCAUUAUAAAUGUCAUUUUCAGUUUAUUUUUGUUUUUGUAUCGAACAUGUUUUUCUCAAGCCAGUGUAUAAAAUUCUAGAGAUCUGUGUUUCUGGUUUACAUACAUGUCGUGGACUGUUGUAAGUUUCAUAUCAAUAGGUACAGUUAAGUUGCUUUCUAAUCCAUGUGAAAAUGGGAAGUAUGUGACCUCUUGUGAUAUGUC